AUGCCCUCGUUUGCCCAACAGCUCUCUGGAUUGUCGUUUCUUAACACCUAUGCCAGCCUUUUCUUUAAGCAGAGUGGUUUCAAAAAUGCUUUCCUCAUUACAACCAUUCUUUGCUGUAUUCAACUGCUUGCUGCUAUUUGUCUAGUACUAGGUUCUGACAUUAUCGGCCGCCGACGGCUGACCUUGGUCGCUCUUGCUUUUUGCAUGAUCACAUUGUUCAUCGUCGGGAUCCUUGGACUCGUUCAUCAAAUGCAGCCUUUAAUGAACUUCCUCAUUUUUGUUGCAUGUGUCUGGUCGUUCUUCAACAGCAUUACCGGGAGUCUGGGAGGUGCGUUCAUUGGUGAAGUUGCUUCCCAGAGGCUUCGUGCCAGAACGGCUGGUGUUGCAAUGGCCAUGUCUGUUGUUAUCGGUCUCAUUUUCAAUACUACAGUCCCGCUUAUGCUCGAUGUCAAUGGCGCCAACUAG